AUGGCUUCUAGUUCCGGAGGAAGACCUCUGAAGGACCACCGAGACCGUAGAGUGAGCGCUACUUCAUCGUACGACAACUCGUCGUCGGACGAAACUGAAAACGACUCUCGCCAACGGAGAGCGAUCUUCAAACAGCGAGGCCAGGGCUACAGUCAGCCGAAGUUGAAACCCUGCCUCCGGAACGAAGGCAGUCGCAGCGACGAGGGUGGAGCGAGUUCCGCGGGCGAACAGGGCCGACGAGAUAUCCAAAUCAUACAGAUGCCUCCGCAUCAGGGACAACGAGCUAAAAGCUACACGGUCACGACGACAGGUGCCGGCGUGCAAAGACUCAGCGCCCGGGGCAUGAGUUCCAGUAGCUCGAGUACUGAGAGCAGCCAUGCGAGCCCGGGGCCUAAGCAACCCGACCAGGCGAGCAAUUCUCCGCGGACGACAUCCCAACAGACCCACACGCUCAUCCCCUUGCAGAACGCGUCGUCGGACCAACGCUUGACUUUGGUUGUUGACAACACGCGCUUCAUCGUUGACCCCGCCCUGUUUACGCAGCAUCCCGAUACCAUGCUCGGACGCAUGUUCGGAUCCUCCCUCGAGAACAACAUCACUCGACCGAACGAUCACGGCGAGUACGAGCUCUGCGAGGGAAUUUCCGCUGCCGUAUUUCGGGCUAUCCUCGAUCAUUAUCAGUCGGGGGUGAUUCAGUGUCCUCCAUCGGUCACCGUGUCCGAGCUGCGGGAAGCCUGCGACUAUUUCCUCGUUCCCUUCGACGCAUCCACCGUCAAAUGCCACAAUCUGCGUGGUCUGCUACACGAGCUUUCGAACGAGGGCGCGCGCCAGCAAUUCGAACGAUUUCUCGAAGACCUCAUCUUACCUGCAAUGGUCGUGUCGGCUCAUAGAGGCGACCGAGAGUGUCACAUCGUCGUGCUGCUAGAGGACGACGUGGUCGACUGGGACGAGGAAUACCCACCGCAAACGGGCGAAGAGUACAGCCAGAUAGUCCAUUCCACUACAUUGUAUCGCUUUUUCAAGUAUAUCGAGAACAGGGACGUCGCUAAAACGGUGCUGAAGGAACGCGGUCUCAAGAAGAUCCGUCUGGGUAUCGAGGGAUAUCCCACCUACAAAGAGAAAAUCAAGCGACGUCCCGGAGGUCGGGCCGAAGUGAUCUAUAAUUACGUGCAGCGACCUUUCAUAAGAAUGUCAUGGGAGAAGGAAGAAGCCAAGUCACGGCACGUCGAUUUUCAAUGCGUGCGCUCGAAAUCCAUCACAAAUCUUGAUACCGUUGUGGCCGAUGGCCGACUCGAGGGACCAUUAGGAGCAUCGUCGCAGGGCGCGGGUCCGGUCAGACAGGUCGCUGUCGAUGGUCCGGUGCCACCCGCGGCUGCGAUGCCUGACGGAGCUGCCAAUGCCGCCGAAGCCGCACUUCAGAACGAGGAAGGAGCAGUCGGAGGAGCUCCGCCGUUACGUAGACGUGAGGCCUAUCCUUAUCCGAGUCCUACAGUUCCCAUGGACGAGCCUCCACAAAACUCUCAGUGAUUCAGUGACGAAGGUGCUUCGGAGCUGCCCGCUCUCUUUCAAACUUUUUGCCCCAGGAUUUCGAGAAUGUAUAUUUUUUUCAAUUCUUGCUUUUUGUACACUACCAAGCAAAAACCGUGAGUUACCCCACGCGACCUUCCCUAGAGAAAGCUUGCUCCUCCUAGGGGGACGAGCAGAUAGGGAUUUAUUGUGGCGAAAAUCAAGUCAUGAUGGCGUGGUAAUUGUGACAAAGCCAAGGGGAGAAUGGGGAAGUGAUCAUC